AAGGAACCAAAAACAUGUGAGAGUGAGAAAGAGCGAAAAACAUGGCGGCGCCUAUAAGUGCAGCUCGUCUCUGUCGCCUGGCAGCGCGGACUGUGUCCUCGAUAUCAUCCAGACCCAGGCGGACUGUCAGCCUGCCAGCAAGGAUACGCUACAUAUCCACAUCCACGGCGAAUAAUCUGCAGUUCAGGCUGGAUGAGCGAACGGCCCACAGCAGCCUGGACCUCUUCAAGAAAGACACGGGCGUCAUCUACCGCAUCCUGGGCCUGGACCCCAGCCACGUUCAGGACAACCCCGAGCGCUUCCGAGACUGGGCCGUCGUGUUCGGCGAUGGGAAGAUCAGCGGCGGGCGACACUACUGGGAGGUGACGGUCAAAAAGUCUCAAGAAUUUCGUCUGGGCGUGGCCGAAGCGCUGAUGUCCAGGGACGACUGCGUGGGCACCAACAGCUCCUCCUGGGUGUUCGGCUACGCUCAGCGGAAGUGGUUCGCCAUGACCAGCAACAAGAUAGUCCCCGUGACGCUGGUGGGCAAGCCGGACCGCGUGGGGAUCCUGCUUGACUAUGAGGCGGGGCUCCUGGGGCUGGUGGACAUCGAAAAGCGCAGGAUCACUCAUGCUCUCAGGGCUCAGUUCAAGGCUCCUCUCUGCCCUGCGUUUGGACUUUGGGACGGGGAGCUGCUCACACACUCUGGUCUGGAGGAACCUGAAGGCCUAAAGUGAAGCACCGUCGACUGUAAUGAUUGUAACAGCCCUGACUGGCAGAUUGCUACGUGUUGUACUGUGGCAACACUUCUCACAGCUGUAUCUUUAAUAACCUUGCAGUAUACAGAAAGCAAUAUCUUCCAUGGGAGUCGUUUAUAGUUUAAUUACAGGUGAUGAUUAAUUUUUCAGUCGUCCGUGUGGUCAUCAUGUCUUCUAACAAAGCAAGUUCACACUUUGUGAACGUCAUCAAGCCUCAGGCGAUCGUAUCAAACGCUGUUUUCGAAUGUACCUCAUGUAUUGCCUCUCAGACUGACUGACGUGAAUAGGAUUUGUGGCUGGCGUUGAGAGGAACAUUAACUGCCAAUUUGUUCAAUUUAUGUGAAUGCAUUAUUCACCGUUACUGUGCUGAAACCAACACGAAACCUUUUUCAUAUCGAUACUGUAUGUUGUUUAUUAAAAUCACUGCAACUG